AUGGAACCGAUCGAUCUUACGCUUCCCUCCCCGCCACGCGACUACGCCGGCGAGGAACCCCGGAUGACUCCCGACUCUACGAAGCCACGCUAUUCCCCGUGGCCCGAGGAUGCACCCCGGAUGACGUUUGACCCCACGAAGCCACACUAUUCCCCGUGGCCCGAGGAUGAACCCCGGAUGACUCCUCACCCUACGGAGCCACAUUACUCCCCGUGGCCCGAGGACGACCCUGGGUACCGUGGGGAAUCGGAGGAGGAGAGGCCAUAUGAGGAGGACGAUGUAUCCGAACAGGAGCAGAGCAGCGAGGCGGAAGAGCCCUUUUCUCGGCUCCCACCAGGCGCUUGGUCACCCAGGCCCGGACAACGCCGCGACCCGCGACUAGGACGUGGGGUGUAUGGUCGACCCCCGUCGCCGACCGAGACGGAGGCGCAACGCUACCAGCCUCCCUCCACUGAGGAUAGUGACGCGGACGAGCCAUUCUUCGUCCAGGAAGUAGACCGUACGGUAACAUACGAGCCGGCCAUCCGCCCAUGGGGAAUGCGAGUAACCCGCAUUGACCGGGCGGUGGUAGAUGUUAUCCUCCCUCCAGGAAACCCCACCUCAUAUUUCGAGCUGCCGGAGCGCUGGAACUAUCGGGGGCCAGCGAUCGCUGACCGCCCAUUUCCACCACCCUACUUCCCGCCAGCUUUUCGACGCCCUAGGACACCCAUCCUACGCCUACUCGAGGAAAUGGACAUAUCCGACCCCGACGGGUUUCCCCUUCCCAUGUCUUCCUACGACCCACCGCAAGAAGGUCCACGCGGGGAGUCCGCGUCGUCGGACGACGAGCCGGACGGGCCUCGGUUCCGCCGGCAGUACGCGAGGACAUCCCCAGCCAACGAGGAGUCCGACCCUCUCGCCGACCUAUUGUAG